CCUUGGACGGACUCGUCAUCCUGUCCUGGGUGGUAGCCGACACACGUACCAUGCAUCACCACCUAUAUGUACCCCCGGUGGUCUCGGCAAGCAAGAGCCGUCCAGCAGCUAGCCGCCGGCGAGCUGCUCGAUCAUCAUCAACCAACUACCUACUAGCUAGCUAGCGCAUAGUUGAAUAAGAGGCCGCUGCUGACGACGACGACGAUGGAGGCGCCGCUGCUCGUCAAGAGUGCCGAAGACGACGUGGCGGCGCCGAGGACCUACGUGGAGGUCCGUGAGGCCUUCCUCCGCGAGGCGGAGCGGCUGUGGGCGAUCGCGGCGCCCAUCACCCUCAACAUCCUGUGCCUCUACGGCGUCAACUCCGCGACGCAGCUCUUCGCGGGCCGCCUCGGCAACCUGGAGCUCUCGGCCGCCGCCGUGGGCCUCUCCGUCGUCUCCAACUUCUCCUUCGGCUUCCUCCUCGGCAUGGGCAGCGCCCUCGAGACGCUCUGCGGCCAGGCCUACGGCGCCGGCCGCGUCGCCGCGCUGGGCCUCUACACGCAGCGCUCCUGCCUCGUCCUCGCCGCCUCCGCGCUCCUCCUCUCGCCGCUCUACGCCUUCGCGGGGCCCAUCCUGCGGCUGCUCGGCCAGGACGAGCGCAUCGCCGACGCCGCCGGGGACUUCACGCUCCGCCUCCUCCCGCAGAUGCUCUCCCUCGCGGUCGCCUUCCCCACGCAGAAGUUUUUGCAGGCGCAGGGUAAGGUGGCGGUGCUCGCCUGGAUCAGUCUCGCCGCGCUCGCCGCUCACGUCGCCAUGCUCGCGCUCUUCGUCGGCGCCCUCGGCUGGGGCCUCCGCGGGGCCGCCGCGGCCUACGACGUCACGUCGUGGGGCGUCGCCGUGGCGCAGGCGGUGUACGUGACGCGGUGGUGCCGGGGGCAGGGAUGGGAGGGCCUGUCGUGGAGGGCGUUCCGGGGGCUCUGGGCCUUCGCCAAGCUCUCGCUCGCCUCCGCCGUCAUGCUCUGCCUCGAGAUCUGGUACAUGAUGGUGCUCGUCGUGAUCGCCGGCCGCCUCGACGACGCGGAGAUCGCCGUCGGAUCAGUCUCCAUCUGCAUGAACGUGAAUGGUUGGGGGGCGAUGCUCUUCAUCGGCCUGAACGCCGCCAUCAGCGUCCGCGUGUCCAACGAGCUGGGGUCCGGCCGCCCGCGCGCCGCCAAGCACGCGGUGGCGGCGGUGGUGGCGCAGUCGCUGGCGAUGGGUCUGGUGGCCAUGGCCGUGGUGCUGGCCUACCGGAACAGCUUCGCGGCGCUCUUCACGGGUGACCGGGAGAUGCAGGCCGCGGUGGGGAAGGUGGCGUACCUGCUGGCGGCGACCAUGGUGCUCAACAGCGUGCAGCCGGUGAUCUCCGGCGUCGCCAUCGGCGGCGGGUGGCAGGCGCUCGUGGCCUACAUCAACCUGGGAUGCUACUACGCGUUCGGGCUCCCGCUGGGGUUCUGCCUGGGGUACUUCCUCCGGCUGGGCCCGCAGGGGAUCUGGGCCGGGAUGCUGUGCGGCACCGCGCUGCAGACGGUCAUCCUGCUGCUCGUCAUCUGGAACACGGACUGGGAAGCCGAGGUACUUGUUCUUCGUCUUCUUCAUUCAGUUGCCAAUUCCCCCAACUUGUUGGCGACGAACCUGCAGGCUGCGCAGGCGAACGAGCGCAUCCGGGCGUGGGGAGGGGAGGACGAUUGCGACAGCGAGCAUCUGGGAACAAAGGAAGUGUUCCGAGUGUGAUGAGGCGUCUCACAGGAAGCUCCUAUACAUUUGAUGAAGAAAGAGGAAGACAGAGCUUACAUGAAGGCAACACGCGGGGAUUUAGGAACACGAGAAAAGUGCAAAUCCUUGUGCACCGGAACUAAAGGCGCCGCUGCGCUAAAUCCGUGGCAAAUUGAAUUCAGUUGGGCUAAAAAAUGCAAUGCAUGUAACGAUCACCGUAUUUUGAAUAGAAAUCAAAGGAGGUUCGUUUCAUGCGAUGCGACUA